AUGCUUGGCGAAAAAAUGCUUAGUCUGGAUCCGAGUUAUCAGAAAAUUGUCGAAAAACGAACGCCCAAAAGUGUGACUUCUCCCGAGCCAAGUUCAGAACAUCCUAUCACAUUUCCAUUGAAGUCUAUGAAUAUAAAUACCAUCAGUUCUUCAUCGUCCUCGACUGACAUAUUCUCAAAUGGAAAUGGUGUCGGAAAAUCUUCAGAUGGAGACCGUGGUUUUUAUGUAGAAGCGGACGUUUUUGUUGAUGAAUAUGUGGCUGGAAGUUCAUUGGAUUUAGAUCCAGGAGAUCGAAUGGUGGCCACAAGAGAGUAUUACGGUAGUGAUGAUGCAGUUGAACGUAUCUCAUUCCAAAAACCAGGACAGCGAAUGGCUGGAGUCGAGGAGAAUGAGCAAAAAGGAUCCUCAAACACAUCCGACAAUAUUGAUGAUCCGGAAAUAUCAACUAUGACCGGAACAAUUGUUGAAGACAUGCCAGCAAGUUCUACCAAAUGCACUGGCUGUGGAGCGAAUUUCCAUUGUAAAGACAGCUCACUUCCGGGUUUCGUCCCUUUGGAAAUUUUGGAAAAAAUCGACAGAAAAACGAUUUUUCAUCACAAAAAUGAGAAUCCGCCUCAAUCACUGUGCAAGCGAUGCCAUUUACUUCAGGAGCAUAAUUUUCUCUUGAAUGUAAAUGUGUGUGAUGUUGAUUAUAGCCGAAUGAUGAGUGAAUUGAGAAAACAACCCGAAUCGCUCGUUGUUCUUGUUGUGGAUGUCACCGAUUUGCCAGGAAGUAUUUAUCCGAAAUUGGCACAAGUGGUCGGAAGUCGUCGUCCUAUGAUUGUAGUUGGUAAUAAAGUUGAUCUUCUCCCACCUGAUGCUAAAACUGGAUAUAUGUAUCGCUUCAAGAAGACGGUAGAGCGAGCUGUUGAAAAAGCAGGUCUUCUUGAACAUUUCAAUAUUCUUCACACAGCACUAGUCAGUGCAAAAACUGGUCAUGGAAUCGAGGAACUAAUCACUGAAAUUUAUUUGAAAUAUACAAAUGUCAGAUUAGGAAUGCGGGGUGAUAUAUUUCUUGUUGGUUGCACUAACGCUGGAAAGUCAACAAUGUUCAAUGCUCUUCUCCAGUCAGACUUGUGUAAAGUGAGAGCUGUGGAUCUUGUUGAUCGAGCGACUACGAGUAUUUGGCCAGGAACAACGAUAUCUCUGCUUAAAUUCCCUGUCAUGAAACCUGGACCGUAUCGUCUCGAGAUGCGUCGUCGUCGCUUGUUAACUCACCGCGCAUGGAACAAGAAAGAGAUGUACGCUAGAAAGCUUCUUCUAGCUGAAACUGGAGAUGAUCGAUAUGCAAUCCCGACGUCAGUGAUUCAAAACACUUAUAAAGAUUCUGAAGAAGAGUUACAACCAAUGGCUUUGAAAGAAUUACAAGGAGGAGAAGAAGACGAAGAUGAUGUUCAAAGAAGAAACGAGGAAAGAAGUAAAUAUUCACUUGAUGAUCCUAUUUUUGCUAAGGGGAAGUGGUGUUAUGAUACUCCUGGUACAGUAAACCAAAAUCAGGUUCUCUCCCUAUUUACACUCGAUGAACUUGUCAAUGUGACUCCUCGCCGUGUUCUUAAACCACGUACCGCUAUUGUUAAAGCAGGAGAAUCUCUUCUUAUCGGAGGAGUUGGACGAAUUGAUGUCGAAUCAAUUGCCGGGUAUGCCAAUGUUCUUCUAACCACUUUCGCCAAUGAUCAACUACCUCUCAAUGUGAUGCCAACUCACGAAGUUGAAGAAUUCUAUCGUAAAUGGCUAGGCACGCCUUCUCUCGUCGUACCACAAGGAGAUAUAACCAGAAUGGCUUCAUGGCCCGAAUUCAAAGAUGAUAACAACGAAAUUGGUAGAAGAUUUGAGAUGAAAGGGCGAAAAGACGAAGGAUGCUGCGAUAUUGUUCUAUCUUCUAUUGGAUGGGUUAUGGUAACUUCCGAGAAGGAUGUUGUGUUGAGUGCAUUCUCACCUGCAAACAAAGGACUUACUGCACGUAUUCAACCAAUUCUCCCGUAUUCCGCAUCUCUACGUGGUAAACGUCUACCUGGGAGUCAGUUUUAUAAGGUUCAACCUAUCGAGUUUCCGGUGAAUAGGAUCCACGUGGCAGCCGCUGUGGUUCUUCUGACUGCUAUAUUCUAUGCGGCUGGAUUCGGAUUUGGAUCUAUUUUCUUAGUUGUCGGAAGUCUUAUAGGGGGAGUUUUGUUCGCCAGAUGGAUAUUCGAAUGUUCAAAUGGAGAGUUACUUUUUCAGUGGAAGGAUUAUUUCAAUGCCACAGCAGCACCAGUUGACUUGAACUCGGAAGAGGACGAUGCUAAGACGGAUACGGCAAAAACGAGACAAAUGCCAUGGCAAGAUCUCACUCUCCCUGCAUCAUUAAAUGAAGCUGUCGAGAGUUUGCUUUGCGAAAUCGUGGAACAGUACGUGAAUGGAUGGUAUGGUGGUGCUAUAAGCAGAGAUCGAGCAUUCAUAAACGAAAUAAAGUACCAACUGCGAUACGCAUCUGCGAAUCUUGUUCGCUGCAUUCGUCGUGUCGAUCUAUCUCGAUUUGUAGCCGAUGAGGCUCUUCCAAUUGCUUCUUUCCAUGUGUCACGCCUAACAGAACUCGAAUUAAAACUUCGAACUUCUAAUGGUCCGCCUAGAUCUCUUCUUGAGUCGAAAAUAGCCGAACAACUUGACGAUAUUCACGUCGCCCUUAGUGGAAGAGAAGAAGAAACUGCAUACGUUCGUCAGAUUGCUGAUUUUCUGAUUCCACGACUACUAGAUGAGACACGAUUAGCUGGUAGAGCACAUGAUGAUGAUAGUCCGUUGCGUUUGUUCGGAAGAGGAAAAAACGAAAGACCAUGGCCAUCUAAAUCAAUGAGAGGAUUCUUGAGAGAAAUGUUGACGAAUGCUGUGUUGCUCCCAGUAUUCGACAUGUUAACUCAACCGGAUACAAUCAAUUAUUGGUUGAUUUUGUUGUUCGAUGAGGAUAGAAACGUGGAAAUGAUAGAAGAACAUAUAGACACUACUCCAAUCCCAUUGCUGAAAGGACUCUGUGAUGAUUCGUCUUCUUCUUCUGAUAAUAUUCCGGAUUCACUUCUUCAAUUAAAACUGACAGAAGUGUUGCGUGAUGCUCGUCUCUACUCAAUAUUUCGAAUGUAUCUCCAAGAUAUUCGAGGACCAGUUCACGAGUUACAAUUUCUCGUCGAAGCCACACGCAUUUUGGAAAGUAUUCAAAGAAAAUCUGAAUCUUCCAGUCAAAUUGCCUAUGAUAUAUGGCAACUGUAUGGCCAAUUCGUGCAUGAAAGUUCACAAGAAAGAGUCCGGUUGAAUGAAAAGUUGGUAGAGCAAUACAAGUCAGCAGUUGAAGUGAAUGAUUUAUCAGUUUUAGAAGAAAUUAUUGAGCUGUCUUACCAAGAAGUCUACAACCGUACUCAAUCAACUCAUGUCGUAUCAUUUUGUCAAUCGGAAUGUUUUCUUGGAUAUUUAUGUGGAUCACCACCAGUAACCAUCAAUGAACUAAUUGAUCAACAGGAUCGACAGAGGGUUGCUGCUCCUGUAGAACGAACAUUCUCACUUUCACAACUUAGAGCUCGAGUUAGAAAAGCUUUGACCUCAGUUGGAGAUGAAGAAAAAGAAGAAAUUGGAGGAGGAAGUGGGGGAGGAGUAGAGACUCCAGAAUCUCAAGGAGGUUCAUCGUCUUCAUCAUAUGUUAAUAUAGCUGUGCCAUCUAUUGAUGUUAUAAGUGCUGAUGGAAAUAUUGAAGAGGGAGUCGAAGAACCAGAAACACCAGUUCCAAUUCCAACAAAUCCAGGACUUGUAAUGGAUCCGGAACCAAUAGAUUUGAAUUGCUGGAAAGUGAAUGUGUCACAAGUCAGUGGAUUGAGAGACAGAAUUACUGACAGAACUAUUUUUGUAUUCAUUAUUGAAGUGGAACGUCCCGAUGCGAAACCUCACGAAACUCAACGUUGGUCAAUUCAUCGAUCCUUCAACGAAUUCUAUGUACUUGAGUCGAAGCUGAAUGAAUUCCACGGAGAUUCUCUUCGCUUCUCACCACUGCCAACUCGGAAAACAUUCGUGACUAGAGAUAAACCAUACAUGGAACAACAUCGUCUGAUAUUCUCAACUUUUAUCUCUACCCUCAGUAAACAACGACUGUUGAAUCGAUCUGAGUUACUACUGGCGUUCUUAUCGUCAAAUGAAGAGUUCAGAGACACACUGUCACUCGGAGAUUUGAAUCCAUGGAAAGUUGUAAAAAAGACAUUACCAGGAAAAUUGGUUGGAAGAGAAAAGGGUCAAAAUUUGAAGCCAUACCUUCUGAAAGCCCUAGCUCAAACACUGGCUCCAGCUGAUCGUGUUGAAGAGAAGUCGGAUAAUUUACUUGAAGACGUCACGCCCACGAAUUCAGGAGCAUCUCUAGCCACAAAUGCAGUCUACUCUUCUAUAUACGGAAAUAAUUUCGACAAUGUAUUCAAGGAAACAUAUAAGAAUUCAGAUGAUAUUCAAUUAUGGACAACUUCUGCGUAUGAUUCAAUUUUACUACUGUUCUGGAAACCUCUGAAAUGUCAAUUCGAGUGGAUGACUCCUAUAUUUACCGCGAUCCGUUCACUAUGCUCGAAAACAAUCGAUUCAGUAAUUCGAUCGAUUUUAGCGAAUGUUUUCCAAAAAUCUCUAUCGGUUGCUAACAUGACUUAUCUCAUUCAACACGUUCAAUGGUCAUUAUUCUGCAAUGAUGCUCCGUGGCCAACAGAACAAGAAAUGAAGAUGCGAGAAGAGUUGGCAAUGCGGAGAACUCUCGAAUAUUUCCAGAAUAAUAUCCCAAUUCAUGCUCAACGCUUGAUCGGUCGUGAUGACAUCAAAACUCUCCUAUCUCGCAUAAUUGAUGGUCUACAGUAUCCACGUCUCAACAAACAACUUCUAUAUGUGCUCAUAGAUCGACUACUUUUACAAGUUUUCCCAGAACUUGAUGAACUCGGGCAACAUCCGCUUCAAUAG